UGAUUUUGCAUUUCCAGGGGGAGAACUGUUAGUAAACAAAACAGUUCUCCUCCCUGUCAGCUCCUGCACACUGCUUUGCAUGGCUGUGCACAGCAGAGCCAUGCAAAGCAGUGUGCUUACAGUGAGGCACAAACACAGAAUUUCAUGUAAAACGGCACACAGCUAACUCUUUUAUCGCCCCAGAUGUUAACCUCUUCAUGCCCAGUGCAAUUAAUACAGUGCCAGCACUUUUUAUUAGCACUGAUCACUGUAUUGAUGUCACUGGGGAUGUCAGUGACACCAUAUCAGUUCCCCCCCAGUGUCAGAAUGUCCUUCGCAGUCCCACUAUAA